AUGCUUAGGGGCCCAUACAGGCUCCAAAGAUCUUGUGCAAAAAGCCUGGGAUGUCGGUACAGAUCUGAUGUGGCCAAAUCUGCUUCAAAACCGCCUGGCAGCGAAACAGACGUCAAACAAGAAUUGCAACAGGCCCUGAGCCUUGCGCAGCGGAUUAGUCGCUCCAGCGGCGAUCUGGAGGCUCCAGCGCCGUUUGCGGCAAGUUCGGCCCUUGAAAACGAUAUAAAACUCCAAAAAUCGCGGGAAAGACCGUCCCAGACUGCAAAAUACACCAAAGAGCUCGAUAGGAUGCUCACGCGCGACCAGAUGAGCCCACCAAAGAAACUCAAACCGCGCAAUAGAGGCGUGCAGCGAGCUGUCAAGUCUGAGUUUUGCAUACAGCCGUCAAAAGCCAGUCUAGAGCCCCUGGGGCCUCUGGGGACCAACGACGGCGCGGCUCUCAAGCCACCUCGUCUGUGUCACGAGCUAGAGAGAGUGCUUUUCCAGCCAAUGAAUUUCCACACGCUUCAGGACGGCCGAUCCGGUUUCUAUAACUUCAGCAAGUGGCUCGAGGACAUCAUACGCGUCGAUGACUUCGAUUUCGAAGCUGUUUCCGCGUUUGUCACGGCGUCCAAGGAUCAGAACAUGCUGAAGCUGACAGAACUCCACCAACAGCGAUACUAUUCAUCCACCAGCUCAAUGACUGGAAUUCUUUCUCAUUUGCAUUUCCUGUUGUCAAACUUCCGCAAAACUGACAUGUCACUGUUGUCGAAAAACUUCAGCGAACGAGCCGCGACGUUCAGUUGGGGGGCUCAGCUGCCUGCUGUGGUAAUAAUGAAGAGAAUGAUCUCUGAAAAACCCAUCUUUUCCAUAGACUCUGACAAAUCAUCGGAUCGGGAAUUGGUCCUGUCCCUGCUGGGUCACGCACUGGAAGCUGUUCUCACAACUGAAGAAGAGCACUUCAAGCAGACAUUUGAUAAAACCACAGAAACAUACAAGGCCAGCGUAGGCAAACCGGAAGGAGCAUACCAUUAUUCGAGAAUAGCAGAUUUUGUGCUUCGAUCUCAGCUCGAUGCCUAUCAUCCAAAUCUUCCAGGAACCGGUGUUUUCGAUCUAAAGACUCGCGCUGUAGCCGCAGUUAGACAUGACAUUGCAUACGUUGAGGAGAAUAACAACUACACCGGCUAUCAGAUACAACAAACACUCGGCAAAUUCGAAUCCUUCGAAAGGGAGCUUUUCGAGCUCAUUCGAAGCACCAUGCUUAAAUAUUCUCUACAAGCUCGCAUUGGACGUAUGGAUGGUAUAUUCAUAGCCUACCACAAUAUUUCAAAAAUGUUUGGCUUCCAGUAUAUGCCCUUGGAGGAAAUGGACUAUAUUUUGCAUAGUUAUGGCUGUCCAAAAUUCCGCCAAGUACUGGACAAGCGUAACGAAUCUUUAAAGGCCAUUUUUGGCGAGGAGGCGUUUAUCUUGAAACACGAUUACUCCAGCUUAGAUCGUUCGAUUGCAUCUAAAAUUGCAGACGCCGAAUUCAAAAGCUCCAUGUCAUUACUUAAUAGACUACUCAAGUUAGUCGAAAGCGUUUUGCCUGCGAAAUUUCAUGCAUGCCGCUUGGUGUUCAAAACAGAGACUAAAAAAGUAGUGGAAAGAUGUGGUGAAUCGCGAAGAGUUCCGGUUUUGAACGUUUUAGUAGCACCUUUGACCGAGGAACAAACGAUUCAGUUUCAAAAGGCCAAUUUGAAGAAAGAACUUCAAGACCCCGAGAACAUCGACAAUUACUUGACAAAGACAAGGCAGCUAAAUAAGGAGACCACCGAAGACCUCAUAGGAUUCGAAAUAACUGUCCGCCACGAAGCACAGCACCACCCGACCACCAUAAAGCAGCCCCGGAUGGCAAGUAAAAAGUCCAAUGUCCUGACUGAAGAGGCUAAACAGUUUGUAAGAAAAACAGCAAACCAAAACUUCUACGCAGAUGCAGACGAUUGGAAGCACAUCCAGUUUUUCAAUCCAUUAGAUGUGCAGAAGUGGGCCUCUAAUUUUACCAUUCGCCAAAUAACAAAUCGGGAAAAGUUGAAUAGGCUAUACAUGUGCUAUCUCGACGAUAGGUUAACGGCGCUAAAGGGCCAGACCAUUCCUAGGAAAUCGACUAAGACACCGCAGGAAAUCAUUUCUGAGCGCAUUAAUCGGUAUAUGUCUGAAGGAAAAACUGAUUCGAAAUCCAGCAUUGAAGCUGAUGAAGAGAACGAAAUCUCGCAGCUGCAGAUUCUCCUGAGGGCAUACUCCAAAAAGGGAGAAUUGAAGAGUAAACUUCAAAGGUGA